AUUGUGUGUGUGUGACGGGCAGAAACAUGGGUGGGUUCCUGAGAUGGAAAGUAUGAGUCCCACCCAUUCCACUUAGCCUUAAGAAGAACAGUCAAAACUGCGGCUGAGCUAAGAAGGAAACGACGACAAGCAGACUAAACCAUGAGUUACCCUGGAUACCCCCCUCAGGCAGGCGGAUACCCACCACAGCCUGGGGCUUACCCUCCACAACCUGGUGCAUACCCACCUCAGCCUGGAGCUUACCCUCCCCAAGCUGGAGGCUACCCACCACAACAGCCUGGUGGCUACCCUCCACAGGCUGGAGGCUACCCUCCACAGGCGGGCGGCUACCCUCCACAGGCGGGAGGCUACCCUCCACAGGCGGGAGGCUAUCCUCCACAAGCAGGAGGCUACCCACCACAACAGCCUGGUGGCUACCCUCCACAGGCUGGAGGCUACCCAGCAGCACCACCACAAGGCAGCUGGGGAGGUGGCCCUACUGGUGGAUAUCCCUCCAUCGGUCUUGACAACUUAUCCAACCCUGGAUACAAUGCUGGCAUGGCGAACCAGUUCCCUGCAGGCAUGGGGGGUUUUACUCAAAACCCAUCCAUGUUCGCCCAAGCCCCUGGGGGGUACCCAUCUGCCCCUCAGCCUAGCGGGUAUGGUGCCCCCUUCCCUAACCAACAGUCAUAUGGCAUGUACCCACAGCCAGGAGGGGGCAUGCAACAGCCCCAAGGGAUGGGCUACCCCGGUCAGCCUGGCCAGCCAAUGGGCGGAUAUCCCCGUGCACCAUCACCCAACCCACAAAUGGCUGGUUAUGGAGCAGCACCAGGACCUAUGCCAGGGUACCCAAAGGUCCCUUCACCCAAUCCAUCCAUGCCAGCCUACGGAGGAGGAGGAGGAGGAUCCAUGCCGAUAGCUCCACCUGUCAAUAGAGGAUUCAGGGGAACAAUCAAAGAUUAUCCUGGAGCUGACCAACUGAAAGAUGUGGAGGUCCUGAGGAAGGCCAUGAAGGGCUUUGGAACUGAUGAGCAGGCCAUCAUCGACUUACUGGGGAGUCGCUCCAUCAGGCAGCGCGUGCCUUUGCUCCGAGCCUAUAAAACUUCCUAUGGGAAGGAUCUGAUUAAGGACCUGCAUUCAGAACUGUCUGGGGACUUCAGGAAGCUGGUCAUGGCCAUGUUGAAGAGCCCAGCUGAAAUGGAUGCCUCUGAGCUCCAUAAUGCCAUAAAGGGAGCCGGAACCGAUGAAGCCUGUCUGAUCGAGAUCCUGUCUUCCCGCUCCAACGCUGAAAUCAAGGAGAUAAACCGUAUUUACAAACAAGAAUACAAGAAGACACUGGAGGAUGCCAUAAGUGGAGAUACAUCAGGACACUUUCGCAGACUCCUGAUCUCUCUGGCUCAGGGUAAUCGUGAUGAACGAGAGCAAGUUGACAUCUCUCUGGCUAAACAGGAUGCUCAGGCCCUGUAUGCUGCUGGAGAAAACAAGCUGGGAACAGAUGAGUCCAAGUUUAAUGCAAUUUUGUGUGCCAGGAGCAAAUCCCAUCUCAGAGCAGUGUUCCUUCAGUACCAGCAGAUGUGUGGCAGGGAUAUUGAAAAGAGCAUCGGCAGGGAGAUGUCCGGAGACCUUGAGAGUGGCAUGUUGGCAGUGGUGAAGUGUAUUAAGAACACAUCUGGCUACUUUGCUGAGAGACUUUACAAGUCAAUGAAGGGAGCUGGGACCAAAGACACAACCCUGAUCCGGAUUAUGGUCACUCGCUCUGAGGUUGACAUGCUGGAUAUCCGCCAGGAGUAUGUCAAAAACUACGGCAAGUCGCUGUACACACACAUCUCUGGAGACACAUCAGGGGACUACAAGAAACUCCUACUCAAGCUCUGUGGGGGCAAUGACUGAAAAGGAAACCGUGACUACUACAUUAUAACAAUGUCCUAUAAAUAUCUUUUUUUCUGCCAUAUCUUUAUGCACUAUACACAAACCGCCAAUCUGCAUGCCAUGCCAGUACUCUCAAUGCAAUGUUUACGUCGUUUUAAGGACUUCAUAUAAUUUGCUACAUAUUGUUUCUUCUCUAUAUACAGAAUGCACAAAAAAGUUAUAUUUUUUCACUUGGGGUAUCUUUGCUGGAUAUUUGAGUUGAAUAAAUGCGGCCAUAUAAUAGAUUUGAAUAGAUUACAUUUGAUUGUUUUAGAGCUAUAUAUUUUUAAAGUAUUUUAUAUCAAUUUUGCCAAUAUGAUUAGAUAUCUAAUUAUAUUUGACAUGUUUAUCAGCUAAUUUUGUGAUGUUCAGCAAUGCUGAAUAUAGUAUGAGACAUAAAAUACAUAGCAGCUAAGUACCAAAGUUGUCUGUCAAUGUUUGCAUUUGCAUAAUCUCCUCUAUAUUUUGUCGUCACUUCUUUUGUUUAUCACAGUUGUGCUGUAUUUGCAACAGAUGCUAUAGUUUGUGUAUUGUAGACUACACCUUGUAGCAUUGAAAACUCAAGCAUCACAUUUCAUAGAUUGUUUGUGAUUUUAUCUUCAUGAGUCUCAAAAAAUAAAUAUUGAGAAUGUG